CUGAGAUAGAUAAUUCGAUCUUCAAUAAUAUUGUUUGUUUUUUUUCACAUCUUAAAUCAAUUUAUAAUUUAAAGUUGAGAAACUAACCAAUGUGAAACAUACAGGUGAGAUCAAUUUGAGGCCUUUAACAAAGUAAACAUACGUUUGUCUUAUGCCACCUUUAAGUGAGUGACCUGUUUAGAGUUGUUCACUUUUCAGUUCAUAUUGUCGAUCUUCUACGAGCUAUUUCAGUGGUCAAUCACGUCAAACAUAACGAGAUGAACUCAUGCAUCAAAAAGACAAGGCGGUUUCUGUCUGUGGUCAAGGCAUUAAUAAGCAGAGGUCUAUUCGUCUUGCAUGGAUUGUUUUGUAUUUGGCGAGUGACUGUCAUAAAACGUAACAUCAUCUUCUGGUCACUGAGUGGCACAAUUCCAUUACUGGUGAUUGAGACGUUCUUCACCUUGUGUAAGAAGAAAGGCAGAGAAUGGAAAUGGAUAUGCCCUAGUGUGUUCCUUUACCUGGCCACGGCUGUUCCCGCCAUUUGGUUUUUGGAGUUAGACCUAAUGGCUCAGAGACUCAGACAGCAUGGAGUGUCAAGGCGACCUGCCAUGAAUAACACUUUUGACGUUCUAAAACUGAAUGGCAAGGUGAUAAGUAUCGCCAUCUCUUUGGGUUCUGAAGAGUGGUGUAAAAUAUUGGAACAGAUGCUCCUCCUGAUUCUUAUCAUUGGAAGAUGGCUGCUACCCAAAGGGGAAAUCACUAGGGAACAGUUGUCGCAACUUUUGCUCGUAUACAUUGGCAUGGCGGCAGACAUUAUUGAAUUAUUCGAGGCUUUUAAGGAAAAAACUGUCCGUGAGAACCCCUUACUGACCAUUGUCAUUCUGUCUCUUUGGACGGCAAGUUUAAUGCAGUUUACCCUUGUUGUCACGGCAACGAAAUCUAAGAAAUCCAGAGCUUCGGUGGCCAUGCAGGUGACGUCUGAAGGAUGCUGUCCAGUGGAAGUAAUUUCAAUAUUUAUUAGCGUGCUGCUACAAGAUGGCCCCUUUCUCGUGCUCAGGAUGUUGUUGAUAUUUCGUUACGAUGUCCUCAGCUACACAAACAUCUUCUUUACCUGCAAGAACUCACUAGUACUUGUACUACAGAUGUACAGACUAUUUGUUCUAUUUACGGAAAGACGGAAAAGUCCGACAACCCACGCUCCGCCCUCACCACCCUCUCGCUACUCUGACACUAUGGAUGACGUCGUGUCCUCUUACAGUGACAUGUCACCGUCGGGGGCUAGUGCUGACGACCAGUUGGACGAUAGAGCUCGGCGCUACAAAAGACGACAACAGCCCACAACGCUUGUUGGUUCUCGACCUGUCUAUAGUGGACAUAAUGCUGCUGACAAUGUACAGAGCCAAGAGACAGACAGAAGAUCCUUGAAAACCCCAACUCCUAAACUCACCAAACAUCACAUCGGGACACACAGGCGGUCAAGUGACGAGGAGCCAGAAGGGAAGCCUCACAAAUUCACUCGAAGAAGAGAUGAGAAGGAGGACCUGUCGAUGGACGAGGAAGAGGACCUGGAGAGGAGAGAAAGGUCGGGAAAGAAGAAAGGGAAAAUGGGCAGCAACGCGAAGAGUGGCGGGGAGGUUCGGAGAAAGAUCAAAGAGAUUGAGAAUCAAAACCAGGUCACAAGUGCCCGAGACACCCUGUCUAGUUACUCUGAGGACAGCGACCACCCUGGGUCCGGUCGUGACGUCAUGGCAGUGACGGAUCAGGAGCUGGCAGACAGAAGGAAGAGACUCAAGGCCAAAACAAAGAGCAACGGCAAAGGUCAGCGCGUUGUGAGUCCUUUGUCAGACAGCAGUGGACACAGGUCAGCUAGCAGCGGGAAUGGCAACAGGAGCAAAGGACAAAACAGAGGACACGAGCACUGGAGGUCGGCAGAGAAGGACAUCAGGACAGCAAUGUCUUUCGCCAACGAGAGAGGAAAGCACCGGGCAGGAGAGCAAGGCGUCUACAGUGUGACUUAUUGCAAUGACCACUGAUGACCACUCUCAGGCUUUCCAUAAUCAUCAUUACAUUUUCUGUUGGUUUUAUUUACGAACAAGAUUCAGAUACAAGAAAUACUCAUUAUGAGUAAAAACGAAAGAAAUGAAAACAUUUUUGACAGUAAAAUAAAUGGAUGUUUACAGUAUGAAACGAACCGAGACUUUUAAAACAAUUAUGUCUUCUUAAGGAGAGGCAAUUUGAGUGAACUCAUUAUCAACAAAUAAUGGACGCCAUAAAUCUUAAUGUGUUGAGUGAGCACUUAGCUACAUUACAGUUUCAUUCAGUAACCAUAUUCUUUCAUUGUCUUGCAAGUCAUCAGCUAGUUUCAGUUCGUGAGGAAACAAAAUAUCUUACUACAACUAACGCAUUAAACAGAUUAGUUGUAUUA